CUGCGGCGCCGCUGCCGCCGCGCGCAGGCCGAGGCGGCCCCCGCUGCGUACGUUCUAGCACGGCACCGGCGCGCUCUAUGGGCCUGGCGCCGGCCCCAGGGAGGAGGUGGCGGGCGGCGGGGUCCCCCGGGUGCGCUGGGGAGUCCGGUCCCGGUCCCCCGCCGUGCCCCGGAGAGCGCGGCCGGGGGCGCCCCGCGCAACCGGAGGGACGGUGCCUGAAGGGUGCGCGGCAGGCGGGGCGGCUUCCAGGGGAGCCCGGGCGGGAUGUGCGCUGUCCUGUCAGGCUGAGGGGAGCGGCGGAGCCCGGGCGGCAGCGGCUGCGGCACUGGCCCCGCGGCAGGGCCCGAGCGGCCUUUGAGGCCCAGGGCCCGGGCCAUGAGCGGCCCGAAGCCUGUCAGGAGCUGGCGGGCCGCCGGGCGGGCCUGGCCCGGCGCUCCCGGCGGGCGACGGAGCCGCCGCCGCCUUCUGAAGACCGAAGGCGAGGGAUGAGGGUGCGCUUAGGUGAGGAGUUCACGGGCAGGGAAGCGGCUGCCCGCGUCGCGGGGGUGAAAGGUGGCACCCUUUACAGCCGAACAGGGUGCUCUGCCCGGGGCCGGGGACUCCAGCCUGCGGCUCCGCUCGCCCAGGGAAGCUGGCUCCAGUCGCUGGCACGACAGCUUGGGCGAACGGACCCUCCAAGGAUAGGAUCUCCCCAGUUUUCCAUGGAAGACUAUUACACAGCCUGUGUUUGGAUCUCAUUCCUGUGAGCCAUACUCAAGUGAGUACUCUUUAUGACGCCAGAGGGACUACUCUUGUAGAGGGAUUGAUGUAGUUAAAAAUCCCUGCUCACUGCUUUGGACAUUUUUAGUGCUUCAUUCUCAUUAUGUUAGCAUAGUAGGGGACAUGUAAAGACAUGCUUCAGUUUGGAUGUUUACUCCCUAGAUUGUUUUUCACAGAUGGUUUUAUUUUCAGGUUUCUUAGUUGUCCUGUCCCUUUACAAGGUGUGGCUAGUUAUUUUGACUCAAACAGCUUUCGGCUUUAUAGCAUCUAUGUAAGCUCUAUCACCCUAUUUUAGUACUGACAAUAUACAUAAAUAAAUCAUUAAUUACAAUGUUUCCUUGUUAGUUUUGUUUGGAAUUUUUGGUUGUAAUACAGAGAACAUGUUAACAUAAGAUUAAUAUUUUAUACCACACAUACUUAGAGAUUUAAAUGUGGUUUAACAAUGAAAGAUUAUUUACUGUAGAAGUGGAUUUAGAUUAAUUUCACUAAUCCAAGAUUUUACUCUUUCCUAUUUUUUGUAUCUGUAUAUGCAGAAAAAUAUUUGUGGAAAAAAGUAACUCCGAGUAGCAAAAGGCAAAAGACAAUGAAGAAAAGAAGGGUAGAAGGACUGGAGCCACACUCCACUAAGUAUUGCAUAAAAAUUUUGUAUAGCUCAUUCCCAGUAAGAUUCAAUUUCAAGAUUUGUAGUUUGGUCUUACAGACAGAUGCCUGAAUGCUUCUGAAAACAAAUGCCAUUGGGAAUGACUGUAUUUCAAAUGGAACCAAUUUAUAACAAAUGCUGAAGCUUGCAGCAGUGUUCAAAACCCUUUUAUCUCCAGUUGUUCAUAAAAGAGAUUAAGAUAUCUGAAACAUAUAUUAAGAAGCCACAACAUCUGCUGUGGCAGGUACACUGCUGGGAAAUGGGAAAAAUAUGAACAAGUAGUUAAGCAAAAGACUCCCGCUCCAUUAAACGUGACUCAGGGAAUGGAAUCUUACUGGAACUUAGCAGUGUAAAAAGACAUUAAAAAUGGCCCAGGAUGGAAAGGCUUCUUUGCUCCGUGAGUAGUAUUUAGGACACAAAAAAUAUUUGGAGAUGGAAGAUUUUGUUGUCACAUGUCCCUAUUUUACAGGGAAAUCAGGAACGUGUUAUAACAAAAGAAAAAGUCCUUCAUUCCUUAUUCAGAACUUCUGUAGAGCUUUUCAUCCUAGUAAGGACCAAAGGGGUCUAUUCAGUGAGUUAUCAUUUGCUUCAAUCAUCGGCAAUUUACCAGAGAUUACUUUGCAGUAUCUCUGAAUAGCUAUAAUAUUCCAAAGAAUGGAAAUCAAAUCAUCUUUUCAGGACUCUAUUUAUAAGCUCUUCUGUGCCCCUCUCUGUCAUGCUGUCAACUCAUCCUGGUUUCAGUUGAAUCUCGAAAUAAAAAAGAUUCACAAGAGA